AUGAAAAGAAAAGAUGCUGAUCCUCACAGCUCUGUUUACCUAACGUACUAUAAAUGGGUAUUGGCUGGAGCUCAUAUUCGUUCAAAUAUGGACAUCUGCAGGCCUGAGUCGGAACUAAUCGCAUACCUUGGCUCAGCGAAUCCUAACAAGGAGGCAAGAAUAAUAAAAAAUCAGAGUACCCAAAACGGACAGGGAGAACCACUUGGAACACUCGACAGACCGAUUAGAACCAUUUCGACACGAUUGAAUAUCGAUGGAACAAUUCUGGACCAGAAACAAACACAUCAACAAACAGUCCGUUUGGUUGAGUUCUAUCUUCUUGCCAGUAUGCUGUCAUGCAGCUCAUAUUUGGACAUGCGGUAUUACCCGCUCGACCAACUUGAUUUUAUUAUGAUCAUGAAGUGA